UACACUUCCGGGUCGUGUCAUUCAGUCACAGGAUAACGCAUGCUGCCAGUGUUUUGGUUUAUCUUGAAUGCCUUUACCUAAGCUGGGUAUUUGACAUGUUGUCAUUUAACAGACUUGCAGUGUCGCUGAGGACCCUUCAAAAACUGACGGAGGCUCACAGAUGGCACCAUACUAGUUUGACAAAUGAGUUGAUUGAAAACAUGGACAAAAAAGCAACAUGGGACAGAUUCUACACAGAAAAUGGAAGCAAAGGCCAAUUCAAAAAUUUCGAAUGGUUCUUCGGAUUUCAAUCAGUCAAGGACUUCAUUCUUCCUGUACUUCAGACCAUGUCUCAUUCCCACAGUGGCCCAUUCAACAUCCUGGACAUGGGUUGUGGCACAUCCGCAUUAGGACCCUCUAUCUACAGAACUUCUCCAUGUGCUGUGAAGGUUACUUGUGCUGAUAUCUCCCCGGUUGCAGUGAAACUUAUGGAGAAGCACACUAAUUCUGCAUCAGUACAGCCAUGCAACCCAUCCUCUGCUCUUGCUUUCCUGGAGCUUGACUGCACACAGUUGAGAGGACACUUUGGGACCAGAAGUCUAGACAUGAUAUUGGACAAGGGUACUACAGAUGCUUUAGUUAGGUCUAAAGAAGGUCAAGUUAAGGCUGGACAGAUAGUGAGGCAAUGUUUAGAGGUGCUGAAGCCCUCAGGGGUUCUCUUACAGUUCUCAGAUGAGGAUCCUGAUGCCAGGCUUGUAUGGCUAGAAAGAGAAGUUAGAGGAGCAGAACUGACCGCUGAUGUAGGAGUUCAAGAGGUGGGGGAAUUGAGAGGUGUCAGCUAUUUUUGCUAUCAGAUUUCUCCUUGUACUAGCCCCCACUCUUAAAAUACAAUGCAUUUAAACUUCUAAAAGGGUUUCCAAGUGACAAUAUAGUCUAACAAUACUGAACACUGAUAAUAUUUUUUUUUUUUUUGCACCAUGUAUAACUUGCAUAGUCAAAAGCCCGUUUACAUUAUUUGCAUCAGAUGAAGAAAAAUCAAUUACACACUUUUGUAAAAAAAAACAAUUUAUUUCAAAACUAAUAAUAAUAAAAAAUGUUUUGUCAAAUAUUCUGUGGUGUUAUUUUUCAUCAAUGUGGGAAAUUACUUUAAGAAUCAUAAUAUUGAAUGGAACAACAUAAUUUAAAACAAAAUAUACAAAUAAAGAGACAAAAAAAAAAAAAA